GAUUCAUAAAUGAUCUAUAACGGUCGAACUGAUUUCUCCGUUAACAUCAUCGGAGUAACAAUCGACACCCUGUGGUGCAUUCUUCUUCGAAACAUCCGCCCACCGACUCGGUUCAAUUGUAAGAUAGCAUGAUCAAAACCUGAAUCAAUUGUAGUACAAUAACAUUUGCCUUCACAUUCAGCAAUUCCGAGAAAAUUUCAAUCACUUUGCAUCCUUUUAUUUUGGUAAUUUGAUCCACCAGAUUUCGAACAGCUCCAGCGGCUGCCAAUACAGCACUCGCCCGCUUUAGCUUGGAAUUUUCCUGAUAAAUAAAAUUGAGCUCAACGACGGCGUAUGUAUGUGGGAAUGGAGAGAUAAUCACAUUCGGUCUGAAAAUGGUGCACCAACCUAGUGCAUAAUAGCAUCAUAAAGAUAAGCGACAUUUCUCGAUUCGAUAAUUCUGCGCAAAAGUGAAUUUGAAAAUAAUAAUAAUCUUUCAUGCAUCCGUUCAGUUCUAUAUUCGUUUUACUUCAUAAAAUACCGGCCGGAAUGUUCAACAAGUCAUUGUCAGUGAUUUUUCAUACACCACAAACACUUACAAAGAACAAACAGCGAUAAACAGUUACAUUCAUUUGGUAUCGAAUGAAGAGGAAACAAAAACACGAGACAGACCGAUUACUGUGACUCAGUCGGUGUGCACUACUCGCACGCAAAUGGAAACAAGUGUUAGAAAAAUUGUGUAUACAGUGCGAAUCGUGUUGUGGCUUCGAUCGUGCGUGUGUGUGUGUGUGUGAUAAACAAUUGACGGACACCGAUUUUGCAUGGAUCCUUGCGACGAUUUCGUGUAGAUUUCUGCCGCUCUUUUUGUGUUUCACUUUCAUUCUGUCGCACACCAACCAAUCAGUCACAAACAGUUUUCGGUGGAUGAACGACAUUGCUUGAAUGCAUAACGAUACAACACACUUUAGAAUUCGACUUCAGUUUUAGUCUUAUAAACAAUACACAAUAUAAUAAUAAUCGAUUAGAAAACUGUAUAUGGUGAAACAGUGAAUUAUUACUAUCAGAAACGAAUAAAGUUCAAUUGGUUUGCCAGUGAGCAUAACGCUCAACCGCAUUCGAAAAUGGAUGAGAAUACUGAAUCGGACGCUUCAAAUUCAGAGGACAAACUAUUGCACCAUGUGAUUCUAUCACGGUGGUUGCCGCAAGAAAAUCCAUAUCACCUCGAAGAUGGAGAAACAUUGAUGAAGCGAAUGAUUGAAAAUGUUGAAAAUCUGGCGGAAUGGAUACCAUCAAAAACGGUUGAAUUGUUCGAAAGGUUAAAGAGGAUCAAUCUUGAAUGCACAGAAAGCGUUAUCUCAGAAGAGAUCGCUAGUUUGAAACCAGGUGAUACAUUUGCCAUGUUUGUACGCCGACAAAACUGUGUCAUCAUGAUUCACGUUUUAACCGAUGCAAAAUUGAAUGGCGAACUGUCACCCAACACCAUUGUGGCCACAUUCCCGGGUAGAUUACAUUCACGCGAGAUUUAUGAGCAUGACAGUGACAUUGAGUACAACUAUCCGCAGAAUGCAGUCAAAGUGGAUUUCUCGCAAAUGUUACGCUCGGAAGAGUUUGCAAAUCAGUUGUGUUUACUGUGUGAACAUUUACCGAUUGAAGAGAGCAAAAAACGGAACCAUGUAUCCAAGUGGCUUCUGACAGUAUUAACGAAUGAAAGAAGUACAACGGCUUCGCCAGAAGAAUUCCCAAUUAUCACGAAAAAGGUUCGAGACGUCAAAGUUGGUGAAACAAAAGUCAACUACUUUCAAAGAUGUGCCGUUUACAUGAGUGUAAAAGUGAUGCUACAGCACAGCCUAACCAUGCAUUUGGGUCCUGAAACUGGAAAAUUCAUCUAUAAAAUUGUGAUGCUGAAGUUUUUAAUCGCGAUGUGUACAUCUUACAAAUAUUCAGAAUGUGAUACGUUCAAUAUCGAUUUACUAUCGCAAAUGAUUGCCAAAUUGGGUCGACGCAUUGAAAAGUUAUCCGAAAAUGUGCCAGACAGUAUUGCUGAGUCUCUAGAAUAUAACGAGUUUUAUAAUGUAUCGAUUGAUGAUGCAAAGCACACCAUUGCAGUCAUUCGUUCGAAAAUAAACGAUCGAAUUCAACGAAUUCAGUUUGAAGAUGAACAAAAGUCCCGAUUGCGUCCAUUGAGAGACUUGAAUUUCGAGGCAGACACCUGCCACACAAUGCCAAGGCUACGCGAGUAUUUGGGUGAAAGACUGACAGAAAUGCCACAAAGCGCAAGUCAUUCCAGGUAUAGCGUGAAGCCUUAUCGACGCUACCAAAAUCGACGCCAUACUGGUUCUCAAGCACAUGCACCCGCUGGUCACGAUGAAAAAUUCUAUUGGAUCGGAUAUGAGAACUAUGUUCUACACGAGAUGUCACGAAAAGACGAAGAAAUGUGUGCUCAAGAAAUGCGUCAACAGCUCAUCGACUACAGAGAGUAUGCCGAAGAAAAGUAUAAGAGAGAUCCGGUAAUGUAUAGCAGACUGAUUUUGGUCCAUUUGAAGCUGAUUGCAGUGCUAGAUCGCCGCGCAACUAUGGAAUAUCCAUUGCUUAAAAAGCACCGUAGCUGCAUUAAUUCCAAUAUAUUCUCAUCAUUGUUGCUGCUUCAACGCAUUGAUAUGGAAACGGCACUUCAUUUGGAGAAGUAUUUCCGUAUGCGAAACGAAAGUGCAUUCAAUCCGGGUUUGAUCGAAGAAAAAAUGGUGAGUGAAGCAUCGUUUUCGGUGAAAUUCGCACGUGAAAAUGCUGAAAUCAGGAAAGUUCGAGAUGAAAUUUUGAAAUUGGAUGAAGCCAAUAUACAAAGUCAGAAGGCGAGAUGGUCACAAGGCCGUGAAAAAGUGGAAAAGAUCCGUGAGCAAGCAAAUCGAUUGGGAUGCACGUUUCUAACUGACAGCUCUGGCGAUACUUUUCAUGCUGGAAAAUGUAAACGAUGCCAUUUACAUCAUGAUGCCAAAAAGGUACGAAUAGAGCAGUACGAGCAAUUGUUGCCAAAAGAAGAUUAUCUACAGUUGGCCAUUGCAUUUGAGCUCCAAAUCCCCGACACCAUUGCAUACUUGCGAGACAUUCUCUACGGCUUUGUCAAGUUUUGUGCUGGAAAGCCCAGUAUUCUGAAUAUCAAAGGCAAUUGGGUCGAGUUCAAUGAUAUUUCCCAGUUCAACGAGUCGGAGAGUAAAUUUGUGACACUGGGUAGCACAAAACGACGUCGCUUAGAGUACAUUCAUGUUGAUGAGCCAUUCAAACGGUUGUACGUACAAAAUUCAUUCAAUUGCACCUAUCAUGUACUCAACGAAGCCAUUCCAACCUCACUGCCCGAUGAUGCCAUUCAGGAUGUGUGCACAUUCAAAACGAAUGGCGAGUACGCUGGCCUGCAAUGGACUUUGAACAGCACAUCGCACACGGAAAACCAAGUACUGUCGCGUCAAUCGGAAUGUCCGCAGAGCCUAUCACUCUCUGAAUACAAACAUUUUGGCGCGCUUCGAGCCGAUGGUCAUCGAUUACAGCUACGUAAGUUGUUCGCAAUGAUUGAAACGGAAGCGUUAUCAUUUGAGAAGGAAUCGGUUUUGUCGCUGAUUAUGCAAACUCUGUGGGAAUGUGGUGUGCGUGAAACUCACAGCGAUUUCAGCGAUUCAAAAUUUUGUUCGGCCAUGAUUGAACUGCUCCGAAAAUUUGUCAACCAACAGAAGGAUAAUUGGAUGCACCCAUUUAAAUUGGUCAUGGCCACAUUGAUAUCGAUUCGCAUCUUCGAGAUCAACGACGAUGGCGCAAUGGCCGAUGAAAUUGUUGGACUUUUGAUCAGCAUCCGAGGCAUUGUUUGGGAUUGGAUUGAUAAAAUCUUCGAUGUUAUGCAUAAAGCAAAGAAUCCGACCGAAGCAAGUGAACGGGACUUACGCCUAAAACUCAUCUACGUUGCAAUUACGGGAAGCCUAACCUUUUCCAUUUUUCCAAAGCACAAACACUACGAGAAGAUUUUCUCAAUUGGCAAAGAUCUAAAACGACCGCAUAAAUCAUGGUUACACUUCAUCAUUUCAAUGCGAAACAAUCUAUUGCUGUACGAAAUCAAUGAGGAUCAAUUGCCAUCGAAUCUGCGAAUGUUUCUUCGACUUGUCGAAAUGUGUGGCCUGAAUUUGGAACCAAAAAUGCGCGACUUGAUAACACAAGACGAUUACGAAGUGUUUGAAGUGAUUAAAAUGCAUUGGUGCGAUGCCAUCGAAACGGAAAGAAACACGAGAAAAAUUGAGUUCUACCCCGAAUCUCUGAAUACAUGUGAAUUCAAAGCGAUGAUAAAUACGGUACAAGCUACUGCAACCAUUGAUAUCAUCACUGGCAUGUUUCUCGUGAAUGGUUGGCCAAUCUCACGUCUACCAAUUGAAAUUAUGCAGGAUGAAUCAUAUCAGCGUGUGUUUGGAAACGUAGCGCUCGAGGUUCAACCGAAUGCUCAACAUCGGUUCUGCACAAUUCAACGGAACACCGAAUUUCGGUACGAAUUCCAAAAGUUUAACGAUAGCAUCAUCAUAACGGAACGCAAUGCAAACGGCUCAGAUCGUGAGCUCAUCCAUCAUAAAAACAUGUAUGGCGAAUUUCCAUUUUUACUUGUGCAAAACUACAGCCAUUGGUGGAACAAGGAUGGAAAUUACAUUGAAUUUCGGCAAAGAACGUUCGGCCAAAGAUUCGCAUCGAAAGAGGCCAAAGUCGAUUAUCGACUCGACUUGAAUACGAGUUAUUUGAUUGAUAUGCGAACACAGCAACGAAUGCUGAACAUAAAGAGUAUGAGCUACAGAAGAAUCGUGAAGCGACUGUCACGUUUGGAGCAUCAACGAUACAUUCAUGUGAUGGAGGAAAGUGCGAAUGUGAUUAGCGUUGAUUUGCUACGAAUGAAAUUGAAGUUCAAAAUUGACUGUUCAGAUGAAGACGAGGAACAAGGGCUCCACUUCGAAUCGGUUGAAUUCAGUGAAAUGCGCAUCAGUGACACACAGAAUAUUGGCACAUUGUAUGGACUCAACUAUGGUUUAGUGCUGGAAAGCGAUUCCGGAUCGUCUACCAAACGGAAAAUACUAUUGAUGCCAAACGGACAAAUUCAUAGUGAAUGCACGGAUUUGCAUGUUUCCGUAGAUAUUGAAACUAAGAACAACACCAGAAGCCCACCAUUUUUCCAGUAUCAAGUUGAUGAAAUUGUCCGUCAGGUAAUAGCCAGCAAUAGCAGUCAUGAAUCUUGGUUUUAUCUCGCCUACUUACAUGCCAUAACGUCACACGGUGAAAUUGAACCGUUCACGAGAAUGUCUGGCACAGAACGAGCACUACAAAUUCUUCAGUCCGCUUUUGCAUGGUCAUCAUCUCCGUACGAAACCGAAGCAAUCAAAAUGUUGAAUGGAAUUGCGGCAUUGUCACCGAUUCGAAAAAUGGAUGGUUAUCAUCAAUGUAUCACAUGGCCAGAAUAUAUUCCACCGCGUUCUGCGCAGGAUUCCUUCAUUUUCGUUGUAAAAAAGCUUCUUGAGGAUAGUCAACGUUUGCAUGGACUUCAUUCCAAUGCAUCAUCGGAAAAGCUAGAUACUGAAACUGAAUUGACGCUCAAUAAACGAGAAUAUUGGCGGUGUCUUCCAUUGCAGCCCAAUUUGCGCGUGUCUGAUUCAUUCAUUGAACACGAAGAGUUGAAAACAUCGCUGCCCGAUUCGGUUCCAUUUUCAUUCUCCACCAACACUGGCAUCGUGUCCACUUUGUAUCACACCAACAGCUUCCGAGUGCCAAAACCGAAUUGGAUGCAGUGCUUGACCAAUCGACGCCAAUUAAAGGGCAUCACUUCGAAGGGAUGCAUCUCAAAUAUUCUGUAUCACAGCGUUUACGAAGAGUUCCCCGACUUGUGGAUUUCCCUAUACGAUGCCAUUCGAAAGCAAGAAUUGAACAACGAAGAGAUCGUUUUGAUAUUAACCCUAUUCUCUCAUCAAAAUAAAGAGUUCGGACAAGCGAUUUUGGCAUUACAAGCGGUUGCCAUGAAUUCAAAUUUAUUCGAAGACAUCAAGCCACCACCAAUUGCCGAAUAUAAGUUAGCAUCGGGCACAUACAGUGUCAGUCAAUUGCACAGCGUACUAAGAAACUUGAUUUAUACAGGUGACGACAAUGAUAAUUAUGCCAAAGGUAAUGAAGAUGAACUCAAAGUAGAUACGAUUGUUGAUCGAUUGGCAGCGAAAAUUGAAGAGAGUUGGCCAUGCAGUUGGGUUAAUUUGACCGAUGAAUUUUGCGAUGUUGAUGCUUUAAACGCCAAUAUAGUGGUUAACAACCAGCUUAGCAUUUGGAAUGAGAAUCGCCAGUUGAAUGAGUUCAUCGAGAAAAUUCAUGAACGUUUUAAAUCAUUGCCAGAACAAACUCCUUAUGUUGUGUUGGGACAAUACUGUCCAUUUGUGGAGCCACAACCGCAAAAUUGGCCCAAAUAUGAAAUCGAUUUUGAAGAAAAAAUUCGACAAAAUGUCAACAUACCAAACAAUGUUAUGGAUGAAGCUAAAGCAGUAUGGAUUGAAAAUGAACAAGAGCUGUCCAACUCGGCAGAGGACUGGUGGAAAUUUAUUGAGCUUUGUCUCACGUCUGAUCAAUCACAACAUUUAGUUCAAGCUGGCUUGUUUCCGCGAAUGGUGCCAAGUAUGCUGUUGCCAAAAAUAUUGACCACCGACAAAGAUGAUCCAUUAACAACGAUAAUCGGUGCCUGGGCUGUGACCAUUGCUCGAGAACAACGCGACAAACGCAUUGAGCACUAUUCUCAAAGACCUGAUCUCAAAGCCGACAUGGAUAGAGAGUUCGAAAAUGUGCCGCAUGUGAAUUGGAAACCGAGUGAACGUCCCGAAUGGUUGAUUUUUGAGGUGGAACAAAACUUAACGAUCCGAGAAAUUCAAAUUAAAGUGGCCGAACAAAUGAUUGAACCACCAAAGAAGCCGGGUGUCGAUGCAAAACACUCGGUCAUGCAAUUGAACAUGGGCGAAGGAAAAACGGCUGUGAUUGUCCCAAUUUUAGCUGCCAUUUUAGCUGAUGGCAAUCAAGCAUGCCAAAUCACUGUACUGAAGUCAUUAUUUUCGAGAAAUCAAAAGUUUCUGCGCCAGUAUUUGGGCGGUCUAUUGAAUCGCAGAAUUUACACCUUUCCCUGUCGUCGAGAUAUGCCAAUCGUUCAGUAUGUCGAGCAUAUACCAGAAAUUUAUGAAGAAUGCAAAACGAACAAAGGUGUCAUUCUAACUUUGCCCGAAUAUCGGUUGUCGAUGCAAUUGAAGGCGUACGAGUCAAUUCAAAAGGGUGAAAUCGAAGCGGCUAAACACUUUUUGCACGUCCACAAAUGGCUCAAUGCAAAUGUUCGAAACAUAUUGGAUGAAUCGGAUGCAAUUUUACAAUCAAACUAUCAGCUAAUAUACACCGUAGGCAAUCAGCGACUGCUAGAUGGUGGAUCACUACGAUGGUCUGUCAUUCAAGCCUGUCUCAAACGAAUUCCGAUACACAUGAAAACGCUGUACGAGAAAUAUGGUAAAGAAAAGAUCGAGUUUGAUGAUAAUUACAUGAGAAACAAAGACAUUUUCGGAGCAUUGCAUGUCAACCAUCGGUCCGAUAUUUUCACGCCAUGCCGUAUUAUCGAUGAAGAAAUUUUUGAUCAUCUGAAAGCCGCACUGGUCGAAGAUUUCAUUGGUGGUAGCAUUGAUGAAAUUCCAGAAAUUAGUGAUCCAUCGAAACAAUGCUUGAAAUAUAUCCUCACACAGAAAACGCUUGACAAAAGACCAUCGCAUUUGAUUGAAAAUUUCUCGUUGGCCGAGCAAAAUAUUCUCAUGAUUUUAAGCGGUUUGCUACGGUUUGAAGUACUUAAAUUGGCGCUGACAAAGCGAUGGCGCGUUAAUUACGGUGUCGACAAAAAAGGUCAACGGAAAAUGGCAAUCCCAUUCAAAGCGAAAGAUGUGGCAGCAGAUAUGACGGAAUUCGGUCAUCCAGAUGUGGCGAUCUGCUUUACUCAACUCAGCUAUUACUACUCAGGCCUUGACGAUGACCAAAUGCAUCAAUUAUUCGAAAUAUUGAAGAACAAACAGAAUCCAGGUUCAAUAUAUGGGAAAUGGAUACAAAGCAUUCCACGAAAAUUGGUUAAUGGUACGAUUUCAAAAUACACGGGCAUCAAUUUGGACAAUCCCAAUCAACGUGAUCAAUUGCUGUUUCCAAUGUUACGUUUUAACAUGCAUGUAAUUGAUUUCUGGCUGGAUAACGUGGUCUAUCCGUAUGAAGCGAAAAUUUUCGAGCAAAAAUUGAUGUGCACCACAUGGGACUUGUGCAGUGAUCAACUUGAGCAUCGUGUAACCGGAUUCAGUGGUACAAAUGACACAAAAAACCUACUUCCAAUGCCAAUCGCUCAAAAUGAUCUCGACGAACUCGAAAGUACGAAUGAGAAUGUGCGCCAAAUAUUGCUGCAGCCGGAAAAUCAAUCGUACGAAAGUUUGCCGACAAAUGUGAGCGCCAAGGAAAUACUGGAGCGGUUGACAGAACGCAAAAUCCCCGUUCUUUUGGACUCUGGUGCGUUAAUGCUGGAAUUGUCCAACGAACAAGUGGCCACCGAAUGGCUGAAGAUGACACCAGAAGCAACCUACGAUGCAGCUGUUUAUUUUGAUUCACGUGACAUUUUACAAACCAUCGAUCGCAAUGGCACAGUCACCGAAUUCGAUUGUUCGGUCUAUCGUGAGAAUUUAAACCGAUGCCUGGUGUAUUUGGAUGACGUUCAUACUCGUGGAACGGAUUUGAAAUUUCCAUUGAAUUGGAAAGGCUGUGCAACACUAUCGGGCGAUAUAACACGUGACAAAACCGUGCAAUCUUGCAUGCGAAUGCGCCAAUUGGGUACAAGUCAUUCGAUUUGCUUUUGGGCAUCGUGUGAAGCUGAUAUUCGCAUACGCAAACGGUGCAAUCUAUCAGCCGAAGAUCCCGUUACAAAUGAAAAUGUCAUCGAAUUCAUCAGUAGCAACAGCAAGCAAUUGGAAACAGCAAAUAUGGUGCACUGGACAGCGGCCGCAUUGAACUACACCAAGAAAUUGAUUGGACACAAACUGUUUGAUGAUGAUACAACCGAUGAUGACAGCUCCAUGGAACAGUUGUACGCGAAAUGUGUCGACGAUGAAUUUGUCAACCUGAUUGAUAUGUACGGUGACAAAGAAGAGGCAUUGCUCACACAAAUAGCGUGGUCGAAAUUCGAUAAUAUCACGUCCGAACAUCGAUCCCGAGCCAACAAAGAAAUCAAAUCAUUCAUACGUAAGAUGCAAGACAAUGUGGACGAGAAAUUGAAUGAGCUGGCACCGGAUGUGAAGAAAUUCUCCAAUGCAUUGGACGAAGAACAAGAAAAAGAAUUAGAGCAAGAAAUCGAAGAACAACGCCAAAUUGAACGACCACCACCGGUUAAAGCAGCAACACCAAUUUUCGAUGAAAGUUUGAAAAAACUCAUUCUGAAUGGUGCAACUGAGGAAUACAUGAAGACACAGCGUUCUCUGAUUUCCAUCGCUGCAAGCCUCGGACACACGCAAAUGUUCAAGCAUUACAGGAGGGAUAACAAAGAGGCCUGGGCCAAGCACAUAUUUGUCACAAAGGAUUUUAAAACGGUGAUCGACAGUCUGUCGCAGUCGUGUGACGAAUUCUUACGUCCCGUUUGGUGGGUUGCACGCAUCGAACAUGCAAAGAAUACCGACAUUCUGGUACUGUUGAGCUCAUAUGAAUGCAAUCGUCUAUUUUCGACGUUUCAAAAGAGCAGAAAAUCCACGCUAUUCAUGUACCGGCCACGCAUAAACAAAAUGCACAGCAAUUUGCUUGACGACAUUAAUCUGAUGGUAACCGGAAAGGAUGAAACCGAACUCAUUGACAUCGAAGAUGAAGUUCAGAUCGGUGUGUAUGCAGGAAUGAUGUACUUUGAGAGUGGAGAUGAGCAGAAUGCGUACUGCGAUUUCAUGGGUCUUAUUCCAAGGCCGAGAACGAAGGAGCUGGAACGAGCAUUCGAAAGUGGUAUAAUCCAAACGAAGGGAUAUGUACCGAUCGAGAAACGGCAAUAUUCAGAAGCGAUCGCAAGUCGUGUUGGUCAAUGCAAAUUCCAAGAUAAUCCAGUUGAUCUGGCCGUCAAAUUGGUUGAAGCUCAUCAUCAAACACUGCUUAAGGAGUCGCAUGUCGCUGCAAUUUUGGAACGCAGCACCAAACUCAUCGCUGACAUUAACGAUGAUGAACACGACGACUAGCUCCAGUAUUUCAACGCAUUCUCAAAAAAAACAACAUGUUUACUUACUUUAUUUUGAAAUAGCUUAUGGACAUUAAUAAAAACAUUUUUAUUCAUUUUUCGAUACA